AUGCAUCCUUCUCCUUCUUCUGUCAUACCCACAAAAGGCGAUAGUGCUCGGUACUCCAACGGCAGCAACUUCAGCGACGAUGAGGCCGGAAUUUUCAUGACAAUCGAUAACGAAAAGGGGACCGAGUUCUUUGCUAUAGAGCCUCCUAGAGCUGUUCUAACAAAGGACAACUCCCAAAAGGAGAGACAAAUUUCAGUUGAUCCUAUUUCCUUACAAGGGUCAAGCACAAUAAGGCAAGCUAGCUUUCGGCUAGUUUCUCCUCCUACUAAUCCUAAUAAAGGUUUGGGCCAUAACAAUCCACCACUACCUGCACCACCUCCGAAGCUCAAGUUUGUGAGCACGAGCCUCCCCAGCUCCACCUCCUCAUCCCCAGAAAGUGCGUCUAAGAAGAUUGAUCACAAGAAUAAUGACCAGCAUGCUGCUGCUGCUUCACGAAAUAAUCUUUCGAGGAUACAUUCUGUGAUGGAUGAUUCACACCUUGAAAUGGCGGAGGCUAACACAAGGAAGAGCAAGUCUCUUGGUGAGGGGAGAACUAGCGGUCCUACAGAUGACUUUGAUCUCUGGCUCGAAAAAUCUGGCCAAAAUCCGAGAAGAGAUCAUGGUAGUAGCAUUAAUAGUAGUAAUAAUAAUAAUAGUAAUAAGUAUGGCGGUUUCUCCAAGCCGCCAUUAGGGCCAGGCAAUGUAGAUCGCCAUCAUAGUACGAUGAAAAAGAGCAAAAGUAGAGACCCAAAUUUUCAGGAGGAUAAAUUUAAAUGUGGGAAGUUGUGUCUUUUUCUUCCUAGGGGGAAGGGGAAGACUGUAAGAUCCAUCUCAUCUACAUCAACAAUGACACAAGCAUCAUCUAAGACCGAACCUAUGGCAAUAUCGAGGAGAGUCUCAUUAGAGAAGUUUGAGUGUGGAUCAUGGGCCUCAACAUCCUCGUUGGAGCUUGAAGAGGGAGAAUCAGCAAACCUCUUCUUUGAUUUGCCAGUGGAGCUGCUAAGGUGUAGCGUUAGCGACAUGCAAUCUCCGGUAACAGCUGCAUUCGUGUUCGAUAAUGAUGAGGACAAUGGCGAGAACAAGGACAAGGAUAAAGAGAAAGAUAUCCAAAUGGAUUUCCAUGCCUUCCUAGAAGCACAAAGUUAG